AACCCAGACGCGCGAGUCUCUGCUUCUGGCCGGGCGCGGAGAGCACGGCGCGGUGCACCACGGGCGCGCCGCACGGCCGGGCAUGGAGGAGCGCGGCGAGUCCCAGCCGACCGCGGGCUGCGGCGAUGAGCGCCCGGGCGACAAUCGCGGCGGCGGCAGCGCCCACCCGUGGGCCCCCGAGGACGCCUGGAUGGGCACGCACCCUAAGUAUUUAGAAAUGAUGGAAUUAGAUAUAGGAGAUGCCACCCAAGUUUAUAUAGCGUUCUUGGUUUACCUGGACCUCAUGGAGAGUAAAAGCUGGCAUGAAGUAAACUGUGUGGGACUACCAGAUCUCCAGCUCAUCUGCCUUCUUGGUACUGAGAUAGAAGGAGAAGGGUUACAGACUGUGGUACCUACACCCAUCAGUGCUUCCCUCAGCCAUAACAGGAUAAGGGAAAUCUUGAAGGCAUCGCGAAAAUUGCAAGGUGAUCCCGACUUGCCCAUGUCGUUUACUUUGGCUAUAGUGGAGUCUGACUCUACAAUAGUCUACUACAAACUCACUGACGGAUUUAUGCUGCCGGAUCCUCAGAAUAUUUCGCUUAGAAGAUGACACCUAUCCUUCCAGAUGCUUACUUUGUUCACACAAGACUGGAUUAAGAACCAUCAGCCUGGUUCAUCUUUUAUCUCAGAGAUAGUCAGGGCUGACUUAGCUGGUCCCAUUCCAAAAGUUUUCUUUUUUGAAGAAUAAAACUUUCCCAUAUAGAAGAAUUUAUUUUGUUAAAAAAAAAAUAGUAAGAUAGUUGCUCUAGAACUCUCUCACCUGGAGACAGUUUGAUUAUAGUCAUAUGCAAGUUUAUGCCUAUGGUAUGUUCAGAAGGAUAGGACAUUCUUGAGACCACCAUCUCUUUCCCUUACUGAACUCUCUCUGUGCCUUUUGGUCACUACAGCUAGUCUGCAGAAAUGGAGAAUUUACUUUAGUCUGCUUUUUCAUCCCCAGUAGAAAGUGUUCUUUUGAUUGGUUUUCAUGGUACAAUUAAUGUUACUUCCUUCUUUGGUUAACUUUAAAUCAAAAUUAAAAAUAUGCUCAUCCAGAGUAUAAAAUUGCAUAUCUAGAUUAAUAGGGACCAGAGAAGUGUUAACCUACAAGAGCACUGGGCCUUUUUUUCCCCCAUUCUUACUACUACCACCAUACUGUAUCAUAGUUAGACUAUUGUAGGAGAGAUAUUAAUGGUAGCGGACAGUGUGAACCUUAAAAACAUCUUUCUUCAGUAGACCUAGUUUUUCUACUUUUUCUUAAUUAAUUGUUGCAAAUAAACGUAUUUUAAAAGUUAAAGCAAGAGUCAGAAAAGUUUUUCUGGAAAGUGCCAGAAAGGAACUAUUUUAGGUUUUUCAGGCCAUAUAGAUUUUCUCACAACUUCUCAGCUAUGCUGUUUGUAGAAUAAAGAUAAUUGUAGACAGUAUGUAAAUGAAUGGAUAUGCCUGUAUUCUAAUAAAACUUUAUUUACAAACACAUGACCAUAGUUUGCCAACACCUGGUCUGGGGAAAUUGUCAAUAAACAUACAAAGGUAAUGAAUGGUGUGUUAUGUACCCAUUAAAAGUUAGAAAUGAGUAUACUGUAGAACAUGAGAAAAUGCUUAGUAAAAAGAAAAAAGCAAGAUACAAAAGUGUAUGAAUGGGUAUGAUUAUGGCUGUAAAUAACACACCAAGUGUAUAAUAAAAAAGAGGACAAAAUAAAUUCCUAACUGUGGUUAUAAUAGGAGGGUAGGGCAGUAAAUGGACGGCUUUGUCUUUCUUUAAGAUUUUAGUUUUUCUUUGUUGCUAUUACGUUUAUAAUAAAAAUGUUUUAAAGUAAAAAAA